AUGUCUAACAUAAAGGAAGUUAGUGAGAAAGACCCAGUGAAGGACGAAUACAGCGUCGAUGAGACGGCAGAACAUGAUGUCGUGGACACUCAUCUCGAUGCGAGCUCGGUCGCAUCGAACGAAGAGUUUGAAGAUGAACGUAUCUACGAUUUUGACGAUACCAACAACUACUCAACCAACUUUGUGGAUGAUCACAACCCUAUGGGUUUGAGAAAGCCUACCAAACAAGAAGCUUCUUCUUUGAGAAGAGUUUUGGGUAGUGCUAACUGGGCUUGUUAUUUGCUUUGUGUUGCUGAGUUUGCUGAAAGAGCCUCUUACUAUUCAUGUCAGACUCUUUUAAGUAACUUUGUUACCAACAAAUUACCUGAAGGAAGUUCCACUGGUAAGCUUAUGCCUGGUAGUGUUAAUCCUGGUGCCUUGGGUUUAGGUGUGCCAGUUGCAACUGCCAUUACUUAUACUUUGACAUUCGUGGCAUACCUUGUGCCUUUAUACGCUGGUUAUGUUGCUGAUUCGCAAAUUGGUAAGUUCAGAGCUAUCUGGAUUGGUGUUAUCUGUGGUUUUGUUGCCCAUAUUUUACUUGUUGUGGCUGCUGCACCAUCUGUUAUUGAAGGGGGUCAUGGUAUUGUUCCUACUGUUUUAGGUAUUAUUACGUUGGCUUUUGGUACUGGUUUCAUUAAACCUAAUUUAUUACCACUCUUGAUGGAUCAAUACCCAGAACAAACAGACGUCGUUAAAACUUUACCAUCUGGAGAAAAGGUCAUUGUGGACCGUCAAAAGUCUUUGGAAAGAAUGGUCUUGGUUUUCUACUGGUCCAUCAAUGUCGGUGCUCUUUUCCCAAUACCAAGUGUUUACAUCGAACAAAGAAUCGGAUUUUGGUUCGCUUUCUUUAUUCCAAUCAUUAUCUACCUUAUUAUGCCAUUUGUGUUUUGGUUCGUGCGUCCUAGACUUAAGAAGGAAGAACUUCAAGGCUCAGUUCUUGUCAAUACUAACAAGAUCAUCAGAGUCCUGUUCAGAGGAAACUGGAUUAGGAGAUUAAAGAACAAAACCUUCUGGGAUUACCCAACUCCAACUAGCAUGAAAGCAAGAGGUGAAGAAUACUUCGUUGCAAAGAAGAAGAGUCCUAUUACUUGGACUGACCAAUGGGUUUUAGAUGUCAAGCAAGUUGUUAAUAUUUGUAAAGUUUUCCUGUAUUUCGUGAUUUUCAACCUUUGUGAUGCUGGUGGUACCGGUGCAACUCCAGCUUUAACUGCUCAAUCGGGAUCUUUGACAAGUGAUGGUACUCCUAAUGAUAUGUACAGUAACUUCAAUCCAAUCACUAUCAUUGCGCUUAUUCCAAUUUUGGAUUACGGUAUUUAUCCUUUAUUGCGUAGAUGGAAGAUUGACUUUAAACCGGUAUAUAGAAUUACCCUUGGUUUCUUAUUAGCAGCUUUGUCUCAGGUAGCAGCUGCAAUCAUCCAAAAAGAAAUCUACAGUCAAAUCGAAUGUGGGGACCAUGCCACAGAAUGUGUUGACAAGGGAAUUGUAGCACCAUUUAGUGCUUGGGUCCUGGUGACUCCAUACGUUUUAUCUGCUGCUGCUGAAUGUUUCGGUAACACUUCUGGUUAUGAAUUAGGUUACACUAGAGCUCCUCCUCACAUGAAAGGUGUUGUCCAAGCUUUGUUCUUACUUGCAACUGCCAUUGCUGCCGCUAUUGGUGAUGCUAUCAGUCCUGCAUUGAAAGAUCCAAACUUAGUCUGGUAUUUCGCAGCUUUAGCAAUUGUCGGUGGUGUCUUUACUCUUCUUUUCUUCAUUCAUUUCAGAAACUUACAUAAGACUAUGGAACAAGAAAGCAGAUUGAGAGCCAUUUUGAUUCGUAAAGAAAAUAAAUAUGAAGACAUUCCUGAAGUCAACAACUUGGCUCUGGUUACAUCGGCCACAUCUGCUGCUGUUAAGCAAAUCUGA